CAAGGCAACCGGGACCAAACAAGAUGGCCGCCUCCGGGACCGCAUCCCGGUGACACGUUUCUCCAUCCCUGGGACUCCCGUGGGGAGCCUUUCUCACCAGCCUGAAUCAUGUCGUCCCAGGAGCUGAGAUUAAAUCACUCUUCAACGACUACCAGUUUCCCUUUGGGGCAAAAGCUGCCAAGCGGCUACUCCAGCGUCUCCUUCUUCCUCCAGCAGCUCUUCCGCAAUGAUCCUUCGUUUCGCUUAGGCUUCGACGACGACGAAGUCGAGGAAGCCGAGGACAACGAGGAGGGUGAGGAGGAAUCAUCCCAGUCUGAAGAGGAGAUGCCCGUGGUGGAGAAUGAGUUUGAUGGAGUUCUCAGAGAAGAACCAGUGGCAGAAGCUCUCUCUAAAUUGGGCCGCUCAGGUCCUGGUACUGAGCAAGUUUACCUUAACUUAUCAUUGCCUAACUCUGAUUUAAUAGAUGUUUCCAUUCUUUGUGGGUAUGUUCACCUAGAGAACUUGGACCUGUCACACAAUAAAAUUAAUGAUUUGUCCUGUGUUGGUUUCAUGCCUUAUCUCAUAGAACUCAAUGCUUCUCACAAUGAGUUGACUACAUUCUUCGGUUUCAAGCCACCUAAGAACCUUAAGAAGGUGGAUUUUUCAAACAACAAAAUUCCAGAAAUGAAUGAUUUGUAUGCAUACUCCGGGCUCAGUAAAUUAAUACUGGAUAAUAAUGAAAUAAAGGAUAUCAAAGGACUAGAGAAUUGUGAAAAUCUAACUCAUCUCAGUUUGGCAAAUAAUGCAAUCACUAAAAUGACUGGCUUGUGCUCUUUACCAAUCAAAAUACUCUGUCUGAGCAAUAACCAGAUCCAGGAAAUUACUUGUUUGGAGAACCUCAAAGUACUACAGAACUUGGAUUUAUCGGGUAAUAAAAUCAGUAGUUUACAAGGAAUAGAAAAUCAUGACCUUCUGGAAAUCAUCAACCUAGAGGAUAAUAAGAUUGCAGAGUUGAGUGAAAUAAAACACAUUGAAAAUCUGCCACUUCUCCGGGUGCUCAAUCUUUUAAAAAACCCUCUUCAGGAGAAAUCUGACUAUUGGCUCUUUGUCCUUUACACGUUACCUAGACUAACAGAAUUAGAUCGGAGGAAGAUUAAAGUGGAAGAAAAGGUUGAAGCAGUAAAUAAGUAUAACCCUCCCCCUGAAGUAGUUGCCGCUCAAGAUCAUCUGACCCACGUUGCAUACAGCAUGAUGCAGCCACAGAGGAUCUUUGACAGCACCUUGCCCAGCCUUGACGCUCCUUAUCCCAUGUUGGUGUUAGUUGGCCCACAGUCUGGAGGGAAACGCGAACUUGCUCACCGACUCUGCCGGCAGUUCAGUGCUUUCUUCAGAUACGGCGCCUGUCACACCACAAGACUUCCCUACUUUGGUGAAGGGGACCGAGUUGAUUAUCAUUUUGUUUCUCAGGAAGUUUUUGAGGAAAUGCGAUGCUUGGGAAAAUUUAUUUUGACAUAUCAACAUAACAAGCAUAAUUAUGGACUAAGUAGGGAUACAAUAGAAGGCAUUGCAAGAGAUGGCCUGGCAAGCUGUGUUCAUUUGGAAAUUGAGGGUGUGAGAAGUUUGAAACAUUCCUACUUUGAGCCUCGAUAUAUCCUGCUAGUGCCAAUGAACAAAGAAAAAUAUGAGGGGAAUUUGCGGAGAAUGGGGCUCUUCAGUCGUUCAGAGAUUGAAUUUUCUGUCUCUAGAGUUGAUUAUUAUAUUGAAAUAAAUCAAGAUUAUCCUGGUUACUUUGAUGCAUUAAUCAAUACAGAUGAUAUGAAUAUUGCAUACCAGAAACUGUGUAAGCUCAUUAGAGAAUACCUUGGUUUGUCUGAACAACUUGCCAAGUCUACACCUAGCACUUCAGAUAUUAAGAAGGAGAUGCUUGACAGGAAAUCACCAGACAAUGAAGAAUAUUUCUGGCACCUUUCUUCGAAUGCUCUUUUCUCGGAAUUUCUGGACUCCACAGACAGAAAUUAUGUUAUUAGCAUAUCAGCCAAACUUUCAGCAGAAGAAAUACCAGCGGAAAUCAUUUCUAUGCAGAAACGUCGUGAUUCAGCUCGGCAGGCCCUAAUGGGAAAGAUUCCUCCAGAUUACACUAUCCUGUUUCAAAGGGGUCCAGUACCAACUCCAUUAUCAGCCAUCACUAAUCUUGACAGAAUUUCACCUACAAGGGUGUGGGCUAAAACUAUAUUUAGUGAGGAUAGUUACCUUACUCCUCCACCUUGCUUUUCUGAAGGAAUCAGUUACAGAGAUUCAUUCAUUCUGUCUAAAGCUCCUACGUUAACAACAUUGGCUCAUUUUCCUAAAGAGACAACUUACAUGACUUUGGAUUCCCAAAGUCCUAUAAAAACAACUCUAUCAAAAGGUUAUCUUGCACUAGAAGCAACAAAAGAACAAUUAGCUAAAUCUUCACUUGAAGUACCUGAUAAAAAGGGCAAAUUAAGACCCGUCGGACACCAACCCGUCACUGAGACAGGUGUCAACACCAAAAUUGUCCUCCCUCCCAUACCACAAUGCCGAAAAUAGUCCAGUGCUUAAUGUCUGCCUUCAAGAGGAAAAAAUUGCUUCACUCGUGCAAGCCCUCUAUCUAACCUGGCUACUGAUUCUAACUUUAUCUUUCCCAACCAGAUGCCUACAAAAGAAUGCUCCAUGGGCCUUUAGUACUCUCAAUCAGUCUCUUUAUAACUCUCUUGAAUAGCUUCUGUCUUUUCAAAAGAAAAAUGUGAUUUAUUUUUAGCUUCAAAAAAUGACAUUUCAGUUUUCUCCAUAGCUAUAAAUGAUUUUCCCAGCUGUUUCUUGCUUUGAAAUGUCACAGAGAGCAGAAAUCUCCCAAGAUCCAUGUGAUGAUAUGUUCAUGGUGAUUUUAAAAUAUUUUUAGUACUAACCUGGGGGCCAGCCUGAAAAUUUUCCACUUGCCACUUUGUAAUAUUGGUAGAUAUUCCAUCAUGAAUUAUCAUAGUAUGUAUAAGGUAAGAAAGGAUUGGGAAAUUACACCUUAUUUGUGGCUAAAAGGCACCAACUGUCUCUUUCAAAGGGAAUCACCUUUACCUAAAAAGUCUACAUUUAAAAAGCAUGAAUGUGAAUUUCUUCAAUCUGAUUUUUUAUUUUAAGUUGCAUCUAUUGUUCCCUUGAAUCACGUCAAUGAUAUUAGGGAACAAAGAAAAUAAUGUUACUC